AUGGAGCGAAGGUGCCGCCGAUUUGCUGCUGGGGGAGUUUGGCUGGCUCACCGUAACGGGGGCGGGAACACUCUCCCUCUCGCUGCUGCUGCCAGACCAGGUGCAGUGGCGUGUAAGAGAGGAGAGUCUGCUCCCCCGGCCUUUGCUGCUCUGCCCCACCCAAACAGCUGCAGCAUUCAGACGCAAGUGCAUGCAGCUGCAGCAGCAGCAGCAGCAGCAGCAGUAGCAGCAGCAGCAGCAGCAGCGGCAGCAGCGGCAAAAGCAGAACUAGCAGCAGCAAGCAGCAGCAGCAGCAGCAGCAAGAAGCAGCAGCAGCGAAAAGCAACACAACCAACGGUGGUUUUAUCCCACCCUCCCCUCCUACCCCCCAAAUAG